AGCAGAAAGUUAGGUAAUCUGGGGAUAGGUUGUUGAGAAUUUCGUAUGUAAUUAGCCUUGAAUUGGUAUUGCUUCACAGGCAUAUUAAACUAUAAUAAGGUAUACACCGUGGAAUGAUGUAUAAGGUAGUGGUACAGGAUGGAACAGGAUUCGGGUCAAAGAUUUUUUUUUUCAUGCUGAAACUUGCAACUUUCUUUCUCCUGUAUUCCACUGAAUAUAGACGUCGAUAGUGAUUCCUAUGUGUCAUAUUUCGCAAAACUAUUUCUGUUUAUCAGUGCCAGUAUCUCAUGAAGUUGAUGACACAGGAAAUGAUGGAUGCCAAUGCAGAAAUCGACCUUACCCUGGCACUCCAGCUUCAGGCCCAGUUUGAAGAAGAGCUUAGAGCAAGUAUCCAGAGUCAAGAAGCAACUAAUGUAGAAUCUCUGUUGGAGGUGAACUCCAGCAUCUCAGGAUCAAGUAAUAAAAUGAAACGUAAGAAUUUUGGGGACCUAGAUGAGCCUCCUCAAGAGAAGCUGUCCAUGUCUCUUAUUGACCCCUCAUGGGAGCUUAUUGACCCUAACCCUGACCUCCACACACUCUUUCUCACAUUUGACAAGCAGUUCUUUUGGGGUCGGUUGUAUCAAGUGGAAGUGAAGUGGAGCCCUAGAAUGACCUUAUGUGCAGGUGUGUGCAGCUAUGAAGGGCGAGGUGGUCUCUGCUCCAUCCGUCUUUCACUCCCUCUCUUGAAGCUUAGGCCACGCAAAGACAUGAUUGAAACAUUGCUGCAUGAAAUGAUUCAUGCUUACCUGUUUGUGACGGCAAAUAACAGAGACCGUGACGGCCAUGGUCCUGAGUUCCACAAACAUAUGUAUCGCAUCAAUGGCGUGGCUGGAACAAAGAUUUCUGUGUACCACAGCUUUCAUGAUGAAGUGGACCAGUACCGUCAACACAUCUGGCAGUGUGAUGGGCCAUGUCGCCAUCGUAGGCCAUACUUUGGACUGGUGAAGAGGUCCAUGAACCGUGCUCCAGGACCUCGUGACCCAUGGUGGGGGCAGCACCAGCAGUCUUGCGGAGGCUCAUACACCAAAAUCCAAGAACCAGAAGGCUAUGGGGUCAAGAAGAAGAAGGGAAGUUCUGCAGCUGAGAAGAAAAGCAAUGGUGCAGACAUCAGGAAACUCUUUGGAAGUGCAUCAAAGGAUAAUUCUGCAGACAGGAAAGGAAAGAAAAUGGGAAAUACAAGUCCACCCCUUAAGGAAAAUAUUCCAGGUUACAGUGGCAGAACCUCAAAUUCAUCUUUCAGGGACUCAGGGGCAGAGGGGCAUGACAAAGGGAAAAAGCCUUUAAAUAUACAUGGAUUUGGUAGUACAGCAACUGGAACAGUAAGACAGGUGAAUGUGAAUAAUGCUAGCAGAUCAAAGGUACAUGGAUUUGGUGGCAGUGGCUCUCCUGCCAAAAAGAAACCACGCAUAGGAGGGAACGGGGCAAGCACGGGAUCUAGUGGUUCGAUCAGUGGAGCUAUGAAAGGAGGUUCAGGAACAGCUCUAGCUUCCCGUGGCGGAGGAUCUAAAACAGUAACUGUGAAGGGGAAAGUGAACACUAGCCGCCAAACUGAGAAGGACACAGGCACUGUGCAAGCUGGUGCACCUCCUGUGACACCAUUCAAGGGAACAGGCCAAAGUUUAGGUGGUCCAUCAACUGGGGUUUCAAGACUGCUGUCAUUAUCAGCCCCAACUAUUCAGACAUCAAACCCGCUGACACAGACACCAAAAGACAGCCUUCAGCUUAAAGAUUCUGACAAUGCAAAUUCACAGUUUAGAGGUAAAACGAACACCUAUGUGUCUGGUGCAACUGGCUGGAUAUCACCAUCAAAGGGAAAGUCACCAAUGAAAGGGAAAAGUGUAUCUCCAUGCCCUCAAAAAUCAAUUGAUAAAUUCUUCAAGCCAUCCACGUUUCAAACUUCUGAACCAAAGGAUGAAAGUGGCAUCAAGUGUCCAGUAUGUAGCAAAUGUGUAUCAAAGAGACUUAUCAAUAAGCAUCUGGAUGAAUGCAUAGGUGACUUUGAUGAUGAUGACAGUGACUUUCAAAAUAAUGAGACCAAUAACAAAUUUGCUGAGAAGAGUAAUAAGCAGAACUUAGGUGUAAAUACCUCUGAUGAACGGGUAGUACUCUUGUCCAGUGAUGAUGAUGAUGGCUGUCUGAAUGGCAACACAAGCAAAGUUUUACCAUGUUCUGGGACUGGCAGAACAACAGAAAUAGUCACUUUACCAGAACAGUUGUUUCCAUGUCCAGUGUGCAAUGACAUGUUUUCAGAGGCAGCAAUGAAUCAACAUCUAGAUUCUCACUUUUAGUGGUUA